UCAAAUGUAACACCAUUUUUUUUAGCUGCACGCUUCUUGGCUCAAGACUGUCAGUGCUUUCAAAGUCUCGGACGAUGCAUCUGUAUAUGAUCCUCUGUGGAGUAUUUCACCUGUCAGCUGUCGACUGUUUGCCAGCAAUCCAACAGGACACUGGGGUUGUAUCCGCCACUGUUGGAGAGAACGUGACUUUAAAAUGCUUCUAUGACAGCCAGGUGUCGGUGCACUUCUCCUGGUACCGACAAACCCCAGGACGUGGACCUGAGCUCAUGUCUACUAUUUAUAAGUAUGAUAAGCCCUCCAAAGUCUUCCCCUGGAUGGAGAAGAACCCUCGUUUCUCUCUGAAGAGGACGGAGUCGGCCAAUCAUUUACACAUCACUGACGUCCAACUCUCAGAUUCGGCCUCAUACUUCUGUGGAAGCUCACACUCCAACAUAGUGGAAUUUGGAGAUGGGGUCUUCCUAAGUGUUAAAGGAGCCAGCAUUAAAGAAAUAGACCAGGGGCCGGUAUCUGAGACCAUCCAGCCAGGAGGCUCUGUGACUCUGAACUGCACAGUCCACACUGGGACCUGUGAUGGAGAACUCAGUGUUUACUGGUUCAGAAAGGGAUCUCACAAUGGAGUACUUCACAGACAGAGCAACAGGUGUAAACAAGUCUCUGCACAGGGUUCCCCUCCACAGAGCUGCGUCUACCAUCUGCAGAAGGUGAACGUGAGCUCGUCUGAUGCUGGGACUUACUACUGCGCUGUGGCCUCCUGCGGGGAAAUACUUUUCGGCGAUGGGAGCAAGCUGCUCGUCAAAGAUGAUGCUGAGGAGCAGAUGGCCCAGAUGAGAAUCUUGGUCUAUCUCUCCAUUACUAGGAUUGGGAUCCUCUUGUUUUUUGCAACGAUUUGUCUCUUGGUUUACCUCAAGAAGAGCAGAAAAAGUCCCAAAUGAUCGAUGGUUUGCCUCUCAGUUCAAAACUUUGACCUAAUAGACUCUCCAUUACAUUACAGAUUAUCACAAUAGCUAAACCAAAUAUUAGACACGCUUUCUGUUUUGUAUAUUACACUUUACUGAAUAAAACUAACAAAGCUACUGUCAGUCUCAUUUAUAUAUGAACAGCUGUUGGGUUCUUGUCCUGCUUGGCUUCUUGUAAUGGUCGGGUUAUAUAUGUCUGUUGGGUAUCUUGCUAUAUGGGUUCUUUUCUGUUGGAUUGUCUUUUAUUAUUUU